AUGGUUAAAGCCAAGAAAUGGGUCGUUAAAAAAUACUUCGACGGAGUUCCCAUGAAAUCAGACUUUGAGAUCGUGGAGUAUGAACUGCCACCUCUAAAAGACGGUGAGAUAUUGCUCAAAACUGAAUGGAUCAGCGUGGACCCUUAUCUGCGAGCUUACAACCGGAAUUACCCGCUACCGUACGACCAAUUCAGUUUCCAAGUUGGAGUAGUGCAAGAGACCAAAAAUACAAAUUACCCGGUAGGCACUAGAGUCGUCACCCACAAAGGUUGGUGCGACUACGUCAUUGUGAAAGAAGCGAAGCCUGUGCUAGGUGAAGUCCAGAAAGAGAUAUUGUACAAGUUGCCCGAUUUGCAAGGCCUGUCUCCAUCAUUAGGAGUGGGCGCAGUUGGAAUGCCCGGAGUCACAGCUUAUUUCGGAUUCCUAGAGAUUUGUCAGCCUAAAGCUGCCGAAACAGUCGUCGUUACCGGAGCGGCAGGCGCCGUGGGAUCCCUCGUUGGACAAAUAGCAAAGAUCAAGGGUUGCAAAGUCAUCGGCUUCGCUGGGACGGACGCGAAAUGCCAGUGGUUGGAACAGGAGCUCGGUUUCACCAAAGCCUUGAAUUAUAAAAAGGUAGAUGCACAAUCAGCUUUGAAAGCUGCUGCCCCUCAAGGCGUGGAUUGCUACUUCGACAACGUUGGUGGUGAACUGAGCAGUAUAAUCAUUGGGCAAAUGAAUUCAAGAGGCAGAGUUGCCGUUUGCGGCAGCAUCAGCGCUUACAACGAGGACCCAAAAAAGAUGCCGAAAGCUACAAUUUUACAACCACCUAUCGUAUUCAAACAAUUGAAGAUUGAAGGUCUUAUGGUCUGGCGUUGGUUGGAUCGUUGGUCGGAGGGAUUCACUCAACUAGUCUCUUGGAUAAAGAGCGGGCAACUGAAAGCCGCGGAACAUAAGACGGUAGGAUUCGAUAAACUGUAUGAUGCAUUUGUUGGAAUGUUGGCGGGAGAAAACACUGGAAAAGCUGUCGUUAAAGUUUGAAAUUAAUAAAUAGGCCUUAAAUACAUACAUAUAAUAUUUACAGAAAACCAACUUAAGAUUUUUUUUUUGUGUCCAGCUUAAUUUGUAGAAAACGUGAAUAUGUACCUAUAAAAAUUAUAU